CAACAACAUCCGGCAGUGUCGUUCGUAACUUCCGGGUGACGCUUUUUUUUGAUCGACACAUGUUCUACCAGGUUGAAAUAUUUAAACACCAUGUCCGUAGUCGAAGGCGGUGUCAGACAUCGACAGGUUACCGGAGAAGCGGGGCCAGAUGUUGAUGAAGGUCAGAUAUACCAAGAAGAUAGAUACAGCUCCUUGCAAAACACCAAAAAAGACAACGAACAGGCUAAAACUGGAUUUUCAUGUGGAGGAGUCUUUAUAAUCACUUGUGUUGCUGUGGCAAUAACUGCUAUUAUUAUUGCUUGUCUGCCAUCACCAAUAAAACCAGUUACUUUCAGUUUGCCUGACCCACCAGAAUUUGUGGGAGUGCUAGCACCGAAUAACAAAUUGCAAGAUGCCAAGAAACUUUUUGAUGGUGAAAUAACUGGACCGGAGUCACUUGAGUUUCAUGAUGGUGUAAUGUACACUGGAACCACUGAUGGUAGACUGGUUAAAAUUAUUGGGAAAACUGUCAGCACAUUGGCUACAUUUGGCAUCCCACCAUGCACUGGUAAAUAUGAGGAGGAGCCGAGAUGUGGAAGGCCCUUGGGUAUCAGAGUGGACAGUAAUGGUACACUCUAUGUCAUAGAUGCAUAUAAAGGCCUAUAUAAAGUAGAUCCCAAAACAGGGGAUGUCAUCCAACUGGUGUCAUCAAAUACAGUGGUUGAGAAAAAAAAAAUGAAAUUGGGUAAUGACCUUGACUUACAAAAAGAUGGAAUAGUCUAUUUUACUGAUUCUAGUUAUAAAUGGCAAAGACGACAACAUGGAUAUCUUAGUUCAGAAGCAGGUUCAUGUGGCAGAUUAUUAUGGUACAAUCCUGUGACAGGAAAAGCAAAAGUGCUAUUGAAGAAUUUACACUUCCCGAAUGGUGUUCAGCUGUCACCAAAACAAGAUUACUUAUUGGUCACUGAGACAACCAGAGCCAGAAUAAUUAAGUAUAAUUUGAAAGGUCCCAAUAGAGGCAAAGUUGAAGUAUUUGCGAAUAAUUUACCAGGCUUACCUGAUAACAUCCGACCUAGCAGCAGUGGUGGUUAUUGGGUUGGUAUGGCCAUAAUUCGGGAUCCUACAUUUUCUGCCUUCGAUUAUGUUGCUUCAAGACCAUGGUUACGGUCUUUAUUACUAAAGAUAUUUGACCCAGAGAUUUUAAAGCGUAUGGCACCAAAAUAUGGAUUAUUGAUUGAGCUGAAUGCAGAUGGUGAUAUUAUACAAAGCUUACAUGACCCUACUGGCGAAGUUAUUCCAUCUGUGAGUGAGGUGUUAGAAACAGCUCCGGGACAACUAUAUCUUGGUUCAUAUCAUUCAUCGUUUAUCGGUAAACUUGAUUUAUCUGGAUCACAUAGAAGCUCGUCUUCAUCGAACAAAGAUAGGAAACAAUCGCAAGAACCAGAUACAUGACAUGUUGGAUGUCAUGGUUGUAGAUUGAGAUGGUCGGAAAAACUAAUACCGGUAGUGCUUGUUUCUAAUGAUGUUACAAAGCAUCCUAAUAGGUUCGAACAAGCAAAUGAGUAAAACAAAACUUUUGUAUUGUGGCAUUAAUGUAAUUUCCAAACGACUUUAGUGGGUCAAUUAACUUCACAACAACACCAAACAACUACAGCAAAGUGAUGCAGUUAAAAUUAUAAAAAUU